AUUGAUGAAGGACACAUGCAAGUCUUUGAGAGUAUAUAAAGAGGGAAGGACUCGAGUGGACAGUACACUCCACCAUGAAGCUCCUGAUAUUGGCGAGCAUAUUAGCAGCGGCCACGGCCGGCUCACUUCAGAGCUACAGCCUACCAUCACACUCUGGCUCUGGCUUCUCCGCCGGCAGCUUCUCGGCUGGUAGCACAGGGUUCCCUGGGGGCUCAGGAUUCUCUGGAGGAUUAGGGAUCACUGGAGCUUCAGGGUUCUCUGGAGGUUCAGGGAUCUCUGGAGGUUCAGGGUUCUCUGGAGGUUUAGGGAUCUCUGGGGGCUCAGGGUUCUCUGGGGGCCCCGACCCGUUUGACAGCAGCUGUGGAGGAGGGCAGGUUCGUCAUGUGGACGGCAGCUGCGUGACUCCUCAGGUCACCCGAAACUUGUUCCGGUACAGAGUUCCUCCAGCAACCCCGAUCUUGGGUCCACGACCAAACGUUCCUCCACCAAGAGUUGAGGACAAUAUACUCUUCAUCGAAUUUCCAGAAGGACUUCUCAACCAAGAACCCAUUGUGGUACCACCACCACAACAAAGAAACGUUGUGUACGUCCUCAACAAGCGGCCUCACCAAGAUCACACGGUUGUCCACGCACCAGGACCUGAACAAGCGGCUCCUGAGGUGUUCUUCGUCAACUAUGCUGAGGGCGAGAACCCGACAUUACCUAGUGGUGGAGACCUCCAGUCCGCCCUCAGCUUAGCCUCUGACGGUGGAGGUGAACUGGUUGGUGACAGCGGAGGCAGCAUUGGGGGCAUAAGUGGCAUCACCACCGGCGGUGGUGGCACCGGUGUGUCCGGCGUCUCCGCCCCGUCUGAUAUAUAUGGCGUUCCUUAGGACGACGCGUCUACUCCAGGUGCCAAACACUAAGAGCCUUAUUUUUCUUCUUCUUCUUCUUCUUCUUCUUCUUAAGGAGAACAUAUUCUGGAAGGUUCAUUUAUUUAUGGCACACUUAUUUAUAUCGCUUCUGUCUUUAUUAAAUUUUCCUCUAUGAU